AUGAGUGGGAAGACAUCCAUCUCUAAGGAACUGGGGGCCAAGCACACUAAGAUUUUAGAGGGUCUUCUUAAGCUACCAGAGAAUAAAAAAUGUGCUGAUUGUCAGAGCAAGGCACCACGAUGGGCAAGUGUGAAUCUUGGAAUAUUUAUAUGUAUGCAAUGUUCAGGGAUUCAUCGGAGUCUUGGGGUGCAUAUCUCACAGGUACGGUCUACUACAUUAGAUACUUGGUUACCAGAGCAGAUUGCUUUUAUGCAAUCUAUGGGUAAUGAGAAGUCCAACAGGUACUGGGAAGCUGAACUGCCUUCAAAUUUUGACAAAAAUGAUACUGGGAAAUUUAUCCGUGCCAAGUAUGAAGAGAAAAGAUGGGUUUCAAGAGGAGCAAAACGAUCAGCUCAAGUUGUCAGUGAGAUGAACAGUAGAAAUGAAAAUUUUGUAGGUGUUGCCAAGAGAGAUAUUCCACAUCAUACAAGGAGGCAUUCCCUUGAUGUAGGGAGUUUUGCCAAGCACAUGGCACAAGAUGCUACACCAACAACUCGAUCUCGUCGGGUUUCUUUUGAUAUGAAAAAUGGUGUAAUUGGCUUUGUCCCACCAAAAGGACAUUUGGAGACAUCGAUGAAGAGUGCCAAGGAAGCUACAGAUCUCUUUGGCUUGCUUUAUAUCCAUGAAGCCAAGCAAGAAGCCCCCAAUGUAGUUCCUGCCCAUUGGGCAACAUUUGAUUGCUCUCUACACUCAAGCUCAUCGUCUGAGUUAGGAGGUCGUCAAUACUAUCCAGAGUCAGUAUAUUCUGGUCGUCUAGAAAGUAGACGGUGGCACCCAAGACCUUAG